AUGCAUAAGAAAGAUCCUGUUACUAAACAAAGAUUCAUUCCAGAUGAGGAAACAAAUAAAGCAGCUGACAAAUACUUGGAGUACAAGGAGAAGCAAGCCAAGGGUGAGUUCAUUCCGAUUCGUAACAGAGACGCCAUUUUUAUGGCUCUUGGAGAGAAGCCAGAUCAUUCGGGUCGCUGUUAUGGUUUUGGGGGCGUUAAUGUUGGCUAUACCAAGGCUUUUGGGCACGUACCUCGUACGCAAUAUAGGAGAUCGAUGAAGGAACAAGAGGAGGCACUCAUACAGAAAAUGAGUGAAAGGUGGAGGGAGGACAUUGCCACAUAUAUGCAGAAUGUGAUGAUUUCACCUACACAUCCAUCUACCAGGCCAUAUUUUUCACCAUCUAGUGGGCCAUCUCCUUCACAUGUACAACCACCUACUCAGUCACCUGGGCUGUAUCAUUUUUUCCCUUCACCAUUUGAUGUGCCAUCUCCUACACAGCUGACUCAGCCUCCUAUUCCACCAUCUGCUUCACCAUUUGCUGGGCCAUAUUCUGGGCCAUAUCCUGGGCCACCUCUUGGGCCAUCUCCUGGGCCAUAUCUUGGGCCAUCUCCUGGGCCAUAUCUUGGGCCAUCUCCUAAGCCACCUCUUGGGCCACCUUUUGGGCCAUCUCCUGGGAGAGAAUCCACCAUUGUUUCAGGAGGGAAUCCAAAAUCCUAG